AUGCCUAUCAAGUCAGUAAUACCAAUGCCGGGAUUAAAGGGGCUGUAUGAGACCGUCUGGGCAGCAUGUCGAGCCGUCAUUUUCGGAUGUAUCGUUAUUGCUGUUGGUUUAGCGAUGACUGUUCUAGGAUACUUCGACAAACAGUUCUCUGAGAGAGUUGAAGUUAUUGAUGGGACUGUCAAUGUCUAUCAUGACCGGGUAGUUCAGUAUCAGCUGAAAAGCAUGCAGUAUUUGGGACCAAUUCUUAUGGGAAUCGGCUCGUUCAUCCUCAUCAUUGCAUGUGUUGUCACACUUGAAAGCCGAGAUAAACAUGCUCAAGUAAUUACGGAAGAAUCGAUGUCAUUUAAACGCCGACGACUUAUUUUGGAGGCGAAUAUCUUAACUGAGUUUUUAUCCACAAAUGAUUUGCACUCAUGUUCAAGUCAAGUGACAACGGACCGAGACUUCAAACCGAAUUGCUGUAUUUUCUCAUCUUGA